GUUGCUGAACCAAGUCGGGGAAAGACUUUAAUAAGGUUUAGAGAAACCAGGAGACUGCAUCAUGGCAGGGAAGCCCAAACUUCACUACUUCGAUGGACGAGGCAGAUUGGAUUCCAUCCUGUGGCUCUUGGCUGCAGCUGGAGUAGAGUUUGAAGAGAAGUUUAUAGAAACUUCGAAAGACUUGGAAAAGCUGAGAAAUGAUGGGAGUCUGAUGUUCCAGCAAGUGCCAAUGGUCGAAAUUGAUGGGAUGAAGCUGGUGCAAUGCAGAGCCAUUCUCAGCUACAUUGCCGCCAAAUACAACCUCUACGGGAAAGACAUAAAGGAGAGAGCCCUGAUUGAUAUGUACGUAGAAGGUGUGGCAGAUAUGAAUGAAAUGUUCAUAUUUUUGCUCAUAACCCCACCUGAUGAAAAAGGUGCCAAGAUCGCCCAGAUAAAAGAGAAGGCAGCAAAUCGUUAUUUCCCUGCAUUUGAAAAAGUGUUGAAGAGCCACGGACAAGACUACCUGGUUGGCAACACGCUGAGCAGGGCUGACAUUCAGCUGGUUGAACUUCUCUACUCUGUCGAAGAGCUUGACCCCGGCAUUCUGGCCAACUUCCCUCUGCUGAAGGCCCUGAAAACCAGGAUCAGCAACAUCCCUACUGUUAAGAAGUUUCUGCAACCUGGCAGUCCGAGGAAGCCUCCAAUGGAUGAGAAAUGUCUUUUAAAAGUAAAGGAGAUUUUCCAGUUAUAAUAAAGCAAGCAUGGCUGCCCAGCAUAUGCAGGACCUAUCUUCUGAAGUUUUCCAAAAAUGAAGUGGUUGACCUAAAUGUAGAUCCUGUCUAUUGUGAGACUAAUAAACUAUUCCAAGGUUUUAGUGUUGAUUAAAUAAUACAACUCCUAUGAGCAGAUUUCAUUACAAUUUAUUCCUUUUCAUUAGGAUCAAAUAUGAAAUCAGAUUUUCAGUCUCCUUCUAUCCUGUCUCUUGCUUGGAAUUAAAAAUGAAAUAAAAAUGGGAAAUACAGACUUUGUGUCUUC